AGGUCUGGUCGCAGAGACAGGAACGCGUAAUCCUCAGCGUGCUCCAUCCCGACAGCAUCCUUCCACGGCUCGGCAGGGCAGCGAGCCUCUGGGCACCGGCCCCUCUGCUCCGCGGAAAAGACGUGGCAAAUGAGGCCCAGAGGGGUGACAGUCCUUGGCGUCAUCACACAGUGUUCCAAUGGCAGAGCCGGGACCAGAAUCAAGGUCCUCCAUCUCCCAACCUGAUGAAGUCCUCCGACAUCGAUCAGGAUUUAUUUACAGACAGUUACUGCAAGGUGUGCAGUGCACAACUGAUAUCCGAAUCUCAGCGCGUGGCCCAUUACGAGAGUCGAAAACAUGCAAGCAAAGUCCGACUGUAUUACAUGCUUCACCCCAGGGACGGCGGGUGUCCUGCCAAGAGGCUCCGGUCAGAAAAUGGAAGUGAUGCUGAUAUGGUGGACAAGAACAAAUGCUGCACACUCUGUAACAUGUCUUUUACCUCAGCGGUGGUGGCUGACUCACAUUAUCAAGGCAAAAUCCAUGCCAAAAGGUUAAAACUGUUGCUAGGAGAGAAAACUCCACUCAAGACCACAGCAACCCCCCUGAGCUCACUUAAGCCUCCGAGGGUGGACACUGCUCCAGUGGUCUCGUCUCCCUAUCAAAGAAGAGAUUCAGACAGAUACUGUGGCCUCUGUGCAGCCUGGUUUAAUAAUCCUCUGAUGGCCCAGCAGCAUUAUGAUGGCAAGAAACACAAAAAGAAUGCGGCAAGAGUUGCUUUAUUAGAACAACUUGGGACUACUCUGGAUAUGGGGGAACUAAGAGGUCUGAGGCGCAAUUACAGAUGUACCAUCUGCAGUGUCUCUCUAAACUCCAUAGAACAGUAUCAUGCCCAUCUGAAAGGAUCUAAACAUCAGACCAACCUGAAGAAUAAGUAGUGAAAACAUCAAUCAAGAGAUGAGAACAAAUGUCAGUUUCUCUGCCCUGGAGAAUUGCUUAUCAACCACCAGAGGAGGAUUCUUUCUUGAACAAUGAACAUUUCUUAUGAGGAUUCACAGAUUAACAUAUGACUAAUCUUAGUUUUGGAGAAUAAAUGAGCUUCCUUUCUUUCUUUUUUUUUUUAUUUUAAAUUUUGUGGUAAGUUAUAAUGUUUGGAUUUUUAAAUUCUUUCCUGAUAAUACAUUUAGCACAUGUUCUAAAAUAUAACCCUAUAGCAAACAGUGGGAACAACAUUCAAACUUAAAGACAGUGGAAACAUCUAAACCUCUGGUUCAUUCUACAUUUCUUUAACAUAUAAAAUUAUUCUAUUAAAUCCUUGAUGACUGAGAUGUAAACCACCUCUAACCAAGAAACAAACAUUUUUUUCAUCAUGGUUGAACAUGGCUGUGGCAACAUGAACAGAGCCAGAAUCACUCUUAGUAGAAGAUAUAUAAGGUACACGAGUACUGGUCUGUCUGAUUUCACCUUCAAAAAUGUGAGCCAGGCUUGCCGUCUGAACAAUGAGAAUGAAGAGGGCAAAUGGAAGGAUCCUCAUCUUUUUUUUCUGAUCAUUCAAAGUACAGCUUCUCAAAGUUAAGCCGAGUCCUCUUCGCAAGCUGCCAAAAUAAUAGCUUAGAAAAAGAAUUAGUUUGCCUGCAUGAUGAUCCUCUUAGGCAAAAACGUCUUCACAGCAGUUGACCUUGAUGAAAUGUUUUCCCAAAGGCAUCCAAAAGAAGAAUUAUAAACCCCAGAAUGAGAGAAAAAUAAAUGAAUGUUUCCUAUGAAGUUGGCCUGACUUGUGGGCUUUCGUGUGGGGCACUGAUGAUUUGGAAACCAGUGAGUCAAUUCUGAAGAAUGAAGCCUCGGGUAUAGUGAGGUCCCCUAUUCCUCUGUGUCUCACCGAAGUCUUCUUGCUGAACCGAGAUUCGAUUACUUUGGAAAGAACACCAGUGGCCAGUAUGGCAGACUGGAACACUGCGACUCUCUGAUGGGGAACGCCUCUGAGUGUAAAUCAUAAAGCUGUUUCUCUAGGUUUCAUUCUUCUCCGUAGUGACUGGAUUUGAUGUCCUGCGGGCUGGGUGCAAAGCCAGGCAUUUACCUUCUUUUCACGAUGCUUCUCAAUGCUCUAGCUGAGGUUGCCCUUUGUACAUUGUGACCACAGGCAAUUGAUCUCCUGCUGUCAGGGUUUUCUGGUCUAUUGUUUUUCCACAGAGAGCUGAAAUGGUUACAACUCAGUGAGCAAUAAAUAAAAUGACUUAGACAUGCA